AUAUUUACUCGACUCGAGAUCGUUAUCUGUUUUAAAGUUUCUUUCUUUCUAGGUAGAGCUAAUCGCUUUAAUCGGAAUAGACGGAAUGGACUCUGAUCUCGCGAUUAUGAGAGAGAGAGAGAGAAGGAGAACCACCGUUGUCCCUUGUACUUUUAAUAAUUUUAUAUUCGAGUUAAAUGGCGAUAUGAAUUAUGUCCGAUCGUAUACGGCGGGGUGGUUGCAAGGGUCUCUUGCGAAACGAAAAGUUUCGGUGGGAAUAACGCGAUGCGCAACGAGGCGAAAAGUUUCCGUACCUUUCGUUGAGGGGGUUGCACAGCUAAGCGUAACGCCCUAGGCACCUGUCGGCAGAUGUUACUCGACCGUUAGAGAAUAUUUCAAAGAUUUUCCCUUCGCACGCGUUCCCUUUAACUCCAAACUCUUCGUUCGCUAGGUCGAGCAAAACAUAUCGCAUCGUCCCUUUUCUUUUAUCUCUUUUAAUUAUUAACUUAUUAAUUGAUUAAUCGCGCGUAUCAAAUAUAUUUCUUCCUCCUCGAUUAUUCAUUAUAUAUUUUUAGAAGACGAAUAAAGACAAAAAGAAAUAUUGAUUUGAAUUUUUGUCGCAGACGGUUUAACGUAUAGAUUGAACGUUAACUCGCAUAAGAGGGGAACAAUGGGAAAAGGGAGGUGCGCGAGUUUAAUGUAAGUUAAAUCUCUGCUAGAUGCGUAUGUGUGUGUGCGUGCGCGCGCGCGCAUUGUGCACACAUACGUUCGCUGCUGUGGGCGAUCAGAGAGCCGGAUGAGAAAAGAGAGGAAGCCCUCUUGCCUUCUUCGCUCGCCUUGCUUAACCUCUAUCAUUCUCUUUUCCUAUCCUUCCUCGUGCUUCCAUCUCUUUCUCUCUCUCUCUCUCUCUCUCUCUCUCUCUCUCUCUCUCUCUCUCUCUCGCUCGCUCGCUCGCUCGCUCACUCGCUCUCGAAUAAUGGGCCUUCUCUCGGGCCCACGGGUCGGGGUCGGGGUCGAAGCGUCUCUCUAUCUCUCCUUCUUCAGUCUCCUUGAUCCUGCUCCUCUGUCUCUCAUUGGUCCCUCCGUGUAAUUCCUCUUCGCGAAAAUCCUCGGAAUAGACUCGAUCUCAUCCUGGAAAAUGGGAUCAUCUCUAUUCGUCGAUACAUGUCCUCGUCGUGAGCCGAUUAAGAAGACGAGGUGCGAUGUUGCAGAGAUCUUCGCCAUGAGCGAGAGCCGGGUUUACACCGGUCCAGCCACGCUCGCCGAACGUCAACCGUUCAGCAGGAAUGGGAAGGCACUCAGAGGUUCGAAAAAAAGCGUAUUGUUUUACACGACGGAUUGCGGCGACGAUAAAGACGAUCGCGGUGGUGUUAAACUGGAGCAACGAUCGGUCUCAUUGACCGCUCUACAUACCAAUACCGGUGCCCAGCAACAACUAUUGGAGCCGAGAAUGGCGCAACUGGAGACCUUGGAGGCGAAGAUGGCGAGCAUCGAAGUAUCCCUUUCGACGACACCAAGAAGAAAGAAGGGUGGUAGUCUAGCUGGUGGGGUAACGUCUGCCGUCGGUCACCGUAAUAAAGAUCAUUAUAAAGAACUCGACGCCCUUCGUGUAGCCCUUCGCGAUAAGGAAAAUAUUAUACAGACGUUGAAGGGUCAAUUGUGCAAUAGCUUGAGCAACCGACUAGCCUUGCGAAAUGGUGCUGCACCACCCUUGACCGAGGCUGACAGGAAAGCUACCGAGGAAAGACUUCAAAGGCUAAGACGUGACGCAGACAACAAGAGAUUGGCUAUAAAGAAUCUUAAACUUGCUUUGGAACGUUUGGAUAUAACCGAUAACAUCGACGUUCGCAUACAACAAGCAGAACUGGAAUACAGGCUAGGUCGCGAAGAACUCGAGCUUUUGACUCUACGGGAAGAGAGCAGGGCUCUUCAGACGGCGUUGGAAUUGGCAGAAACCCAAGAGAAACGGAAAAAUGAUACCAUAUACAGCUGCAUUUCCGGGUCGACGCAAGUCACCGUACAUGCCGUCGAAGUCAGUGCCGAUCCAAAGAGUCCUCGUUUCGGUGCUGGACCAAGAGACGAGAUGCCUGGUCUUUACGUUGAUUGGGCUGUUGAAGAUUCUGGUCUUUGCAAGGGAGACAGGAUACUCGAGGUGAACGGGAAACUCGUUGUUGGAGCUAACAAAAACGAUCUGACGAGACUCUUAGCUGUCGCACCGGACGCGGCACAGAUCGUAGUAUUACGAAAAGGCGAGUCACUCGCUGCACUGCGGACACUUAGAUCCGAUAACUUAAGACUGACACAUAGAAUUGGAUAUCUCGAGGAACAAGUUAGGGAUUUGCUAGCACCGAGCAGAGCAGAACUUCGUGCAACAGAUUUGUCAUUGACUGGUCAAGAACACGUUCAGGUUUUCCAAAAAGGUCCUCAAGUAACGGCGCUAGUCGCUAAUUUACCCAGUCCUAAGAUCAGAAAUCCAACGGAAUUAAGACAAAGUUUACCUACGAUGAGAAGCAGACAGAGCGAUCAUGGUAGACACUUUGCUACAUCGAGGAGUCCCAAGGAGAACGAUUUCUUUUCCGACGGGGUGUCUUACAGUCAUCAGAAACCGAGGAAUCGACAGAAACAUCAAGCUUUUCCUUUAGCCAGGUCCACGGCUAGUCUUGAUUGCAAACAGACGCAAUCUCAAUUACAACGUAGAAGAUUGGCAACGAUCGAGUCGGGAAUGGAAAGUCGGAAAAGUCACCAGUUGCAGACUUUGGAGUUUGAUUCCGAACCCACUUAUUAUCGUCAGGAUUCCCAAUCGCGUGUAUCCGAAAAUUCAGAAAUUCUCAGCACGUACAGUUCGCAAGAGACUAAAGUACGACCGGCACCACCUAAAAAACCACUCAGGCUCUCUCUUCAUCGUGCGGCGAGUCUUCAAUCCGUCGAAAGUGCACCGCCUGCGGCAGCGACUCUUCACGAGAGCUCUCGUAAACCGUCCAAGAGGAACCACCGUGGCGAGUUUUCCGUGGAAAAGAAUUCAACGAUGGAAGGAAACCAAGAGACAAACCACAGAAUACAGGAAAUGCAACCUGAUCUUUCGCAACAACCGCCACCACCGCCAAGGACACCUUCCAGAGCGGAAUCUUGCCAGAAUGCUUUGCGGUGGCCUUCGCCCAAACCGAGAUCGCAUUUGGCUUCUGUAUCAACGGAAAAGUGGUGUUGAGUGUAUUAAAAUCAAAAUACUGGACGAAAUAUUCAAGAAGAAGAUGGAAAUACUCAAUGAAAUGUGACAUGUCGUUGACAUAUUUCACUUAGGAUUAGAAGUAGAAUGUAUUUCAUCAAUAUGUAUAGAAUUCCGAAAACGACGAAAAGAUUACGUUGACUCAAGGUGAUAUUUUUAUAAGUGCACGAAUAAUACAAGAAUUUAAUUUAUCAUCUCGGA